AAAAUUAUUAUUAUAACAAAAGUUUAUAUAACCAAUUUUGAAAUAUAAAUUUAAUUAAUAUCACCAAUAAAAUAUAAAUCUUGAUUAUAAAUAGAUAAAUUAAUAUUAAUAUAUAAAAAGUAUAAUGUCGGAUUCAGAUUUACCAAAUGCAAUUGUAAAUAGAAUUAUAAAGUCAUCUUUACCUGAAAAUGUUGCAAUUGCAAAGGAUUCAAAAUUAGCAAUUUCGAAAGCAGCCAAAAUAUGGAUUCAUUAUUUAACAGCUGCUAGUAUAGAUUUUAGUCAAAAUGCAGGUAGAUCAACAUUAUUACCAAAAGAUGUUCUUCAGGCAUUGGAAGAAUUGGAUUUUGAAUCCUUCAAAGCCCCAUUAGAAGAAUUUUUUAGCAACUAUAAAAUAAAAGAAAAAGAAAAAGAAAAAAAGAAAGAAGAGGAGAAAAAAGAGAGGGAAAAAGAGAAUAAAGAUAAAGAAAAUAAAGAUAAAGAUGAUAAUGAUAAAGACGACGACGAAAAUGAAGACGAAAAAAAUAACGAUAAAGAUGGCAGUGAUGAUAAAUAAAAUUUGUAUAGAAAAAAAAAAAAACAGUUCAAUAAAACAAAAAUAGAAAAAUAUCC